AUGAAAACGCUCGUCUUGACUCACCGCGACCGCCGUACGCACGCAAAUUUCCUGGCGUUGCCGCCCGAGGUGAGGCUGCGUUGCUACGAGUACAUGUUGAUCCCUCCAUUACCCAUACACGCCCUCCGCCACCAACCCACCUGCCACAACCACAAUCCUCUCGCCGCCUCAAUUCCGCCGCCAUACAUACCCGCCCUCCAAAAUCGUCCCAAACCAGCCUCAUGGCGCUCCCUCCUCCCCCGGGAAGUCUUAUCCGAAAAGUGUCGCAUCUCCUGUAUCCAGCAAUCCGGCCAAAGACGGAAUCUCGCCAUCCUUCGCGUAAGUCGAUUGGUGUACAAGGAAGCCAUAGAGAUCUUGUGGGAAGAUGAAAAAUGGGGCUUCACUUUCACCGGUCUGCAGGAUUUCGUGGAUAGCAUGAAGACCAUGCCGCUGGAAGGUAGGUCGAGAGUGCGGAAGUUGGUGGUUAGAGAGGACAGGAAUAUGGAUGUGCAGCGGAGGGGGUUUGGGUUGAAGGAGUGGUUGCAUGCUGAGUUCUGGAGGUUCGUGGGAGGAUGUCCGAGAUUGAAGUAUUUGGAGGUGCCGAGUACGAUGGGUGGGGUGCUGGCGGGAGAGGUCGUGAAGCUGGGAAGCCUGGAGGUAGUGAGUGUGAGCGUGGUUGGGUGGAUGACGUUCGUGGAGGGUAUGGAUGUGCACAGGGUGGAAAUUGGAGUUAAAAAGGGGUUUAAAAUUCGGAGCGGUGAGAUCGCGAGGAAUAGGAGGGAGAUGAAGAUGGAGGAGUGGUUGAGAAUAGCGGAUGGCAGGCGUGGCGGGAGACGGGAGACGCCCGAGUGGAUGCAAAGGGUUGAUGCGGCGUUGGAAAGAGAUCGAGAUGUGAUGGUCCAUCAGGAAGGUGGGCGGGAUUGGGUGACUGUGACGAUGGCGGAGGGAAUGCGGGUCGAAGUGGAGAUAUGGGGACUGCCAACGCAUUCAAAAGCGGAGAGGAGGAAAUUGUUUCUGCAGGAGGCAAGGAAGCCGAAGACGUUGAAGGUUUCGAGGCGAACAGUGCCUGAUCUUCCAGAACUGGGAGGUGAAAACGACGAGGAAUUGGCGAUGAUGGCGAAAAAGUCGGAUCAACGAGCAAAAAUCUGGUACGAGCAAGAAGAGGAUCAUGAGGCGCUGUUGGAAGAGCGGCGUGAUCAGAAGAAGCAAGAGGCUAAGACCGAGCGUACGAAAGAGAAGCAGAAGGAGCGGAGAAAGAUGAAGAGAAGUGAGAAGCAGUUGGCGGCGGAGAAGAAGGCGGUUGCGACGCGGGCUGGCAGGAGGGAGGUGCAGUAG